UACCAUCCUGCCAGUAUCUAAACCGCCUGAAGCCUCUACUCAGCCUGAAGCCUGUACCCAGCCUGAUGCCUGUACUCAGCCUGAUGCCUGUACGCAGCCUGAUGCCUGUACGCAGCCUGAUGCCUGUACUCAGCCUGAUGCCUUUACUCAGCCUGAUGCCUGUACUCAGCCUGAUGCCUCCACUCAGCCUGAAGCCUCCACUCAGCCUGAAGCCUCCACUCAGCCUGAAGCCUCCACUCAGCCUGAAGCCUCCACUCAGCCUGAAGCCUCCACUCAGCCUGAUGCCUGCACUCAGCCUGAUGCCUCUACUCAGCCGGAUGCCUGCAUUUAGCCUGAUG